AACAAAAGACCUUGGCUAAAUUUUUAAUGUCAUUUUUUUUAUUCCGUCUUAGUAACCGCAGCUUACAAGGAAAGUCUCAAAUAAACCCCUCAUUUCUUCCCUGUAAAUAUUUUAUUUGGCGUACAUCAAUCUCGAACGAAUUCAACAAGGGGGAUAGCGAUGAAGAGAAUAGAAACGAUCUAAUUCGAACUCAAUUAGAUUCGCACAACUUUCAAUGGAUUUAGAGAAGAGAGAGGGAAUUUUGAAUAAGCAUAACCUCGAGUCUAGGUGAAUAUAUCAAACAGUGCACAUGACUUUCGUGGAGACUUAUGGCGGGUGUGACUAGAAUGACCCGAAAGAAUUCGAAGUAUUAACGUAUGUUUGGCAUUUAUCAACAACGAAAGAUUUAUUAUUGAAACUUUCUUCAGGUAACAAAAAGCAAAGAGUACAAAUUUGGUGAUGAGCAGAUGAACACAAUUUCUGCUUUUUCAAGAUACAACACGGCACAAGAACGAACAAGUACCAUGCAGCUGAGAAAAUAACAUUCAAGGUUAAAAGAUUAACCAACCACUCCAAAUCCUUCAAUCGCCUUUCCCGCCAAGGUGCACUGCAAGCCCAGCAAGCUUAAGCACAAUUCGAUCCUCAUCUGUAAGCAGAAAGACAUUUUCGAAGUCUUAACUUUUCUUGAUCUCUUGGAAAGCCUUCCAUCCUACAUAAUCUCAACCAAAUAUCGACUUCACCUAACCCAUCGGAAUAUAAUCCUACGAGCACAAACGAACGUGGUUAUUUUGUCAAGUACUUUAAACCUCAACAAAGUGCACCAAAGAGAAAACCUUAUUAGACUUGAAGAACGCUGACUUUGAAAACCUCCCGCCCCCAUUUUAUUUCACAUACAGUUUCAGUACGCAUGAGGAACUUCCCUAUAUCAAUAAUCCAAGUGUGCCGGUCGGUAUUCAUUCAAUUCAGUGCGACCAGCGAGCGUUCCCCGGACCGAUAGAAGCCGAACUCAUAAAAACGAAGUAAGCAAAAGAACCCGAUCCAGCCAAGUCUAUGGUAACAUCCCCCGCAAGAUCCACAGCUUCACUGAUCCGCUAAAAAGAAAAGCUUCCGGCCCCAGACAUCACACCCACCACACCCACCAUCCAUCCGCCCAUCAUAAAUUCUACGGUUCACCAAGCACAAACUCAAAAUUUUAGCACGAAAUAAUUAAAUCGCCUUUUCCCCUCCAUUUCUCAGCUUAUCAUCGAUAACACAAUAACACAAAUAACACAAUAACACAAUAACACAAGUUUUGAAAGCAGCAUGAGUGAGUAGCUAGAAAAAGUUCUUAUAGUCAGUCGUACCUCUUGUUACUCUAAUGAUUCUUUCCAUCUUUUUGCCUAAUCUCAUACAAGCGCCCUAUGCGCGCUCGUCAGCUUCUCGCGUGUCUUCUUGCAUGACCUUAGCCACAUCUCACAUUGCGUCUCCAUCAUCUGUCCGACAGAGCACUCUCGUGUUGAGCAGGGAGCGUACAGCACAUUUCCCCGCGUUACUUGAUGCGUAGGAGAGUCUGGGGACAUCUUCUGCCUUUUGCAUUAUGUCUAGCUUACCACCCAUCUCCACUCAUUCGCAUUGCCCUUGCCUAAUUUCCUUUCCUUCACAUACAACAUGUUCAUCCAAUCUGACCUCGGUCGACAGUAGAGUGACAUCGCCACCCUAUGCACCAAUCUCAGCUUUGUAAAGCUCUUAAAUAUUCUCUCGACUUCUCGACAGAAGUGCUGAUAAACCAGUGUAUCGUACUUCUUGCGGCUUCGUACAACAAUAGUAUGAGAUUAUGACUUCGACACUAGCUGCGCAUCCUCUUACCUUGCCAGCACCUAACAUAAUGGCUCAGAUCGAUGCGCCUGUUAUGUCUCAAAUGGCCGAUCCUAUGCUACAGCGCGGGCCGAACGGAGAGACUGACGACAAGAAUCGCGGAAGACGGCGAAGCCGUACAUCGUUGAGACCCACAGAAGACGAAGAAGAGCUCUCACAUGGAGAACUUGUAGAAGGUCACACUUCUGGUGAUGAUGGUCGCCCGCGAAAGCGGAGGAGAAGUCGCAAAGGCCUGGACAAGAAAUUCGAAUGUUCUACGGAAGGCUGUGGAAAGAGCUAUUCUAGAGCCGAACAUCUGUAAGGUUUACACUAUCGUGGCUGCAUCCGUUUAUUCAUUGCUGACGUCUUCUCCUUUUAGUUAUCGUCACCAGCUAAAUCAUACCCCGAAACAGAUAUAUAACUGCGACUUUGACGGUUGUUCAAGGACGUUUGUUAGGCAGGAUUUGUGUAACAGGCAUCGCGACCGACAUACUGCGAAAGGGUCUCAACUACACAGAAAAGAUUCGAUUUUGAGUCAAGGGUCGCCAACGUCACAGAUCCUGCAACCACAGUCACUUCAAGGGUCCACAUCUCCUGAAGUGACAAGGCCGAGUCUUAUGGGCCCCACCAUACGCACAACACAAAUGCAAUACCAGUCUCCACAAGACAUUCGAUCUACCUCAUACUCGCCAGUGACUAACCCAGCAUCUGGAACAUAUUCCGGUGGUGGGUCAACUAAUGGCGGGGAUGGAUAUCCCUCGGUUAAUUACAAACGUUCUGAUUCUGAGAUGAUUCAUAGGGGCCAGAAUACAUCAUCUGCCGGUUCUAAUACCAGAGGCCAGCGGCACCCAAGCUUCGGAACUCCCGAUGCCAAGUCAGUGGAAUUCUCGAGACCACCGCAACCGAAUGUUGGCCACUAUGGUAUGCUACCGACAGUCUCAAACAACCAAAACUACCGUAGCAAUCAGGCACACAGCCCGCAGGCAUAUAUAAGUCAACAGAAUUUUCCCCCUUUCAGCUUACCGCCUUCGGGAUUUGCGAAUGUGGCUGCAAACACGAUUACCUCCGGUGAGACUGAACCACCGCUCCAGACUCCAGUUUCUGCUGAAUAUCCAAAUGAGAUUAGCCAAGCCCAACAAUCAGGCCCAGAAAUGAUGCUUCUAGAUCAAAUGGCUGUAUCAAACACGAUGCCUGUAUUUGGUGGCGAAGGAUGCUACAACCGAUCCCCAUUCGCCAUACCAGAAGACUUCGUAGCAUAUCUUUUCAGCACUCAACAAAACGACAUGGGUCAAAUGAAUCCACAACCUUAUCCAAAGUAAGUAUUUCGACCUGAUUUCCUAAUCUGUUUUGUAUUCAACUUACUUCUAGCAGUUACCCUGAUGCUACAGCGCAGUAUUACGCCCCAUACUUCACUAAUGAUCUCGGCAAUGGAGGUUUCUAUCCUCCAGCUGCUCAACAAUCUCACCACCCUAUGGCUGUAACUAGUUUACUUGAUACCAGCUUGCCAGAAACCGUUUUGUCAGAAGAGAAGAGUCAAGCCAUUAUCGACUUGAUCAAAGAGAGAUUCAACGAGACUGGAAAUGCACCCUUUGUUAAGCAGAAGAAGGAGAAACUUGUCGAUGGGGAUCGUACUAAUGACAAUCACAUGAUGAGUAGAAAAAUGAUGCAAACAUACAUCGGCAGUUAUUGGUUACAUUUCAGCGAUCAGAUGCCAAUAUGUAGGAUUUUUCUUUGCUAUUAGACGGGCGGUGUAAAGCUUGCUAAUUUUCCUUGCAGUACACAAACCAACCUUUUCUCCGGAUAGGACACCAGAUCUCCUUUUGAUCGCAAUGAUGGCUAUAGGUGCCUCGCUUCUUGAUAAGAUUCACGGUGAAGCUGUGACGGAAGCUGGCGCGGACUUGUCCAAAUUUUUAGCAUGGCACCUCAGAUGGGAGAUAUUUAAUGACCAUCAAUUCCGUCCUCCAGCAAGUCUAUGGGUGUUUCAGGCUCUUUUGCUACUGGAGAUAUAUGAAAAAAUGUACUCGACCAGAGCACUUCACGAAAGAGCUCAUAUCCACCACGCAACCACAAUCACAUUGAUGCGUCGUGGUAGCUCAUUGAUAGGCCGUUCUGCACUGGAUUCCCCCCCGAGUGUGAGAGAUGACAAACAUGGAUACAGUGAUUCACGUCAGUCGUCAGCGUCAGCAGCUAAUACACCCGACGAGUGGUGGAAUCAUUGGAUUAUAAAUGAAGCCACAAGACGUGCUGCAUUUGCGGCAUUUGUUAUAGACUCCACGCACGCAACAAUGUUCGGGCAUUCUACUGUUAUGGUUGCUCACGAAAUGCGACUCCCUUUACCUUGCGAUGAAGCCAUGUGGACUGCCACAAGUAGUGCUGAGGUUGGUAGGUUGGAGUCAAGCCUUCAAGCGAAUGGGAUGAAACCUAUAUCGUUUUUGGAAGGUCUCAAACGGACCCUUAAUGCUCAAGACGUGAGGACAAACUCCUUUGGUCGUACAAUACUGAUGGCGGGCCUUUUGAGUGUCAGCUGGCAUAUGAAUCAACGUGAUCUGCAAGUCAACUCGUUAGGUGUAUCGCAGGCACUGGGCGGGCGGGACAAAUGGAGAGGAUCUUUGACUCGAGCAUUCGACCUUUGGAUGCAAGAUUUCGACUCAUCUUUGCUGAAACAAUCUCAAACUAUGUCAGGACCAUAUGCCUACACUGGUAAGGAGAACAAUGUUGUAUACCAAUCCAGGACAGUGCUCCAUCAUCUCGCACACAUGGCAAUGCAUGUUGACGUUGUCGACUGUCAAAUAUUUGCCCGAGCAAAACGUCUUCUUGGCCGCGCGAUCGGAUCGCAGGACUUAAACAGUGCCCAAAGAAGAAUGAGAGACAUUUGGGCACCGACUGCGAAAGCUAGGGACGCAACCUUUUAUGCGAUCAAAUUUCUCUGCACUGUCCUCCUUCCCGAAAAAUCCGCCUCAAUGUCCCAUGGCUACGAUCAUGUACAACCGGAUUCACCAGUGGAGUAUUCUGCUCGCGACGAUAUCCUUCUCAAUAGACCGUGGGUGUUAUAUUUUGCUGCUCUGAUCGUUUGGUGCUAUGGCUAUGCUCUUGAAGGGCCAACCAGUGCUCCGGUCCCUGAACGUCAUUCAAAGAUUGAUCAAGCCCGAGAUAUGCGAGCCUACCUGCGACGAUUUGGCUCGAUCAGUAAUCCCGAGGAACUGAAAAAGUUGACCGGGCUCAAUGGAUGUACUGGAUUGCUCAUGAUUCUCCAAGGUGUCUUUGAGAAAACACAAUGGGAAUUAUUGCACGAAGCUGCAUCAUUAUUGGACAAUUGUAUCAAUCUUGUCAGUGGCCAGCCACAUCCACUUUCUCGUAAUUUAUGAGGAAAUGAGUGGAAAAGGAAGAAAAUAGGCCUUGUAUGUAGGUAGAUAGCUUUAUGACUGUAACAUAAUUUUAGGAAGACAUGGGACUGGAUGUUGAUACUGAUACUGUAUGGGUUUGGAACAGAGGAUCGCUUGGAGAAUAGCACGGGGGUAUUAUUCUUUUACGAAAUUUCAGGUAUAGGCAUCAUGAAGGAAGGACAGUUUGUGAUAGGAUUCUUUAGGUUGGGUUGGGUUGGCUCGGGAUACAUAAAUAUAUUUAUUCUGACGGAGAUUUUGAGAUAUCAAUCUCUUUAAGUCAGUUAAUAUAAAUAAUAACUUCAGUCAUU